AUGCCAAAGGGGAACCGACCUGCAACGUCUGCGGCAGUGCAGAAGAAGAAACCAGAGGCAGGGAACAAGCACGAAAAGAAAGACGAACGCAACACCACAGACAGCCAGUCGGAUCUCCCCCGCUUUCUGAGGAUCGUUGAUGGCGGUUUGACUCUGGCGGUGCAUGCAAAACCCGGAGCGAAGCAGUCACAGAUUCCGUCUAUCAAUGAGCAGGCUGAGCAGUUGGACGUUCAGAUCGACGCCCCCGCACGCGAAGGCGCUGCGAAUGAGGAGCUCUGCGACUUUCUUGCUGAUGCGUGUUCUCUUCAUCCAGACGGCCCGCACCCCUGCGGAGAUUGUGACCGCGUUGAGGCAACACAGCGAAACAACGUCCUGACGUUGCUCCUCGCCUCUGGCGUCUCCACUCUCGGCAAAACGUGGUCUGCAGAGACUCCGUUCCUCAUCGAGGGGACCACACGGCCAGACUCUUUCGCUGUCCCUCGUCGCGAAGUCGCCUUCACCUCGCGGGCACGAAGCGUCGGCGGCCUCCGGGAAGGCGCUUCUCCUCUCUUGUAUGGACACAUGACGCUCGAAGAUCCUGCCUCCGGUGGGCGUCGCCUCUCCGCUCCCGCCGCAUCUUUGGUGUCUCGGCCUGGUGCCUCCCUUCCCUGCGACGAAUUUGUGUUUCCUCUGUCGAGCUUGACUGAGGCACAACAGUGGGAAGAAGAUCAGUUGCGCGAGGAAGGAUCUAACCUUGUUUCUCCGUUCUGCCCGGCAACGGAGGCGCAGAUCCAAGCGGCGCUCUCCUUCGGGAACGUCACCCCUUCGGAUGUUUUAUUGGACCUCGGCUGCGGCGACGGCCGCGUGUGCCGAACGGCCGUUCGCUCCUUUUCGGUCUCGGGAGCUCUGGGCGUGGACAUCAAUCCGUUUCUUGUCAAGGAAGCCGAAGCGCUGACUCGAGAUGAAUUCCCGUCUUGCUGUUCUUCGUCCGAUUCGUCGCGCUUCCACUUUUUCGAGCUCGGCAUUCCGUCUGACGGGGAGUCGGACACCGACCCUUCUCCAGAGGGCGACGAGGGAGGAGAGCACAGGCGAGCGACGGGGGGGAAGGACGGCGUAGAUGGAGCGACCGGAACAAGUCGUGCAGAGGGGAGAAAUGACGCUGUGAACUGCGGUGGAGACAACGAGGUGGGCGCACAGAACAAACACGACACACACAUCCAAGCGGAAACCACGACGGAACGUGCGGAGUCUGACCCGUCUUCUUCCUCUCUUUCCUCUCUCCCAGCACCGCCUUCGGCCCGCUGCUCGGCCGAGUCGGAUUUCUCUGGCUUGUCGCCUGAGUACCUUUCCUUCUUCCAGCUGGUGCGAAAGUUCCGGAUUUCUGUCAUCUUCAUAUACCUCGUUCCACGGCAGACGUCGCGAAUGAGCAAGUUUUUCCGCCUCCUUCUUCGCAUGCAAGGCGUGAGAAUCAUUUCUCUCCGCUUCUCACUUCCAGAAGGAACGCGACAGGCAAAGAACAAGACGGUUGUGGAGCGGUGCUUCGUGCCGCAGGGCGACGAACCAGAGCCCCUGUUUAAAGUCUACCUCUAUUCCGGUAAUCACGCGGCCCUCGAAUGA